CAGUGAGUUGUAAAAAUUCCCAGUUACGUUACCGCUUAAUGAUCACUGUGUAAAGACGAUUAUAAAUCCAGAUUAAGGACUUUAUGGAACGCGCGAAACACGACUGGAGCACGAAACACGAAGACAUGCUUAAAAUCUUAGAGAGUCGGGCCACCGCGGGAAAGUAUCAUGCUACGUGCUACUGUAUGUUUCUUCUGCCAUCGGCAUUGUUUAUCAUGACAUGUCACAUAGCAUCUUUCAUUCUAAUCAAAGAGACUGGGAACGGGACUCGAACAAACUAUUUUCCAAUAAUGACGGAAUACAUGAUCGACGAGGAAAAGUACCUGUACCUCAUUGUAUUCCAUCAGAACUUAUCUUUGUUGAUAUGCGCAAGCGUAUACAUGGGUACGGAAGCAUUGUACAUUAUGUGGCUGCAUCACGCCGCCAGCCUGUUCGAAGUCUCUAGUUACCAUAUCCAAGAAGCAGUAUCCAAGGGAUCUGUUCAGCAGAACGAUUCUCAAGAGCUAGUGGAUUUUAACAGUAAAAGGUCUAUAAUAAGCGCAGUAAUUGCGCAUAGGAAGGCGACAAGGUCAGUAUUUGCUCGAUGAUAUCACAUUUACGUGUAAAUUACAUAUUUGCUUUUACAUACGAAGCACACCACCAUUUAAUCUUUCCACGCGAUUACAUUUUAAACCAUUGAGUUCAGAAACAAAUGUUUUAGAAUAU